UUGUUUACAUCAAAAGAUCAACAUGACCUGAGAAACAUUUGGGUUAUGUUUUUAAUUUCAAAGCUACAUUUGUUGUUCUAGCAAAUAGUUGUCCACACGUAAGUCAGUUCGUUACAAGCUGUUAACGAUGGUUGAAGAAGACUUGCUCCUUUCCAUUGCAGUAUUUAUUGUUAUCAGUGAUAAAAAAAGGAAAAAACAAAGUGUAGGUUUGAUGAAGUUUAAAUCAUUAAAAAUUCGAAAGCAUGCAACUUGUGAAUGCAAUGAAUCAUGAUGUCAACGGAUGGACGAUAACCUUCAAAACUUUGAAACGCUUAUGAAAUACGAACUUAAAGUAUCUACUUCAAAAUACCAAUCAUUUUUAUAGACUAGUAAUAUCUCCCGUAAAAUAAUUGUUAGUUCUAUUGAAAUUUCUUACCAUUCAUUGAUAUACCUUUUUAAAAUUUUUUAAAUUAUUCCUAAAACCUCCAAGGUGAUUGUCGACGUGUUGAAAGAACAUGCAACGAAUGUCUAUAAUAUCAAUAGUGAACAUGGCAUUAAUAAUAAUUGUCUGUAAACUUUUGUUUGCUUUAUUUAUAUUAUCAAUAUUAUUAAUAUAUUGGAGAAGAAUAUAUUCAAAAAAACGUACAAAUAGGAAACAAAAAGGAAUUGUCGUUGCAUUUUUCCAUCCAUACUGUAAUGCAGGUGGUGGAGGUGAAAGAGUACUUUGGGCAGCUAUCAAAGCUAUACAAUCUAAAUAUCCAAAUAUACAUAUAGUUGUUUAUACCGGAGACUUGGAUGCUGAUCCUGAACAAAUUUUGAAUAGAUCACAAAAAUCAUUUAAUAUAAAAAUUCAAUCGAAUAUUCAAUUUAUAUAUCUUCAUAAACGUAAAUGGGUAGAAGCACAUAUGUAUCCUUAUUUCACACUUUUGGGUCAAAGUUUAGGAUCUAUAUGGUUGGGUAUGGAGGCAUUAAAUAAUUUAGUACCAGAUAUUUAUAUUGAUACAAUGGGUUAUGCUUUUACAUAUCCACUGUUUAGAUAUAUAGGAGGUUGUAAAAUUGGAUCAUAUACACAUUAUCCUACAAUUUCAACAGAUAUGUUGAGACAUGUUUACAGACGUGUAAUAUCACAUACUAAUCGUCGUAUAAUCGCAAGAAAUCCAUUUUUAUCAGCUGCAAAAAUUGCUUAUUAUAGAUUAUUUGCAUUGUUAUAUGGACUUGCUGGUAGGACAGCAGAUAUUGUAAUGGUAAAUUCUUCUUGGACAGAAGAGCAUAUUAAUGCCAUUUGGAAAUGUCCUUUGCGAACUCAUAGAAUUUAUCCACCAACAGAUGUACAACAUUUAACAUCUCUUCCACUUUUUGAUGAUACUAAAGAAAACAGUCAAAUUCGAAUAGUAUCUAUUGCACAAUUUAGGCCAGAAAAAGAUCAUCCUCUCAUGUUGAGAACAAUGUAUGAAUUGAGAUCAAUAAUUAAAGAGGAAGUAUGGGAUAAGAUACGUUUGGUAUUCAUUGGAUCUUGUAGAAAUAGAGACGAUGAAGUACGUGUAAAAGAUAUGCAAGACUUAUCUAAACAUUUUGCUUUGGAUGAAAAUGUUGAAUUUAAAUUGAAUAUACCCUAUUCUGAACUUGUAUCAGAACUACAACAAGCAUCAAUAGGACUGCAUGCAAUGUGGAAUGAACAUUUUGGUAUCAGUAUAGUAGAAUGCAUGGCUGCUGGAUUAAUUAUGGUAGCUCAUGCUUCUGGUGGACCAAGAGCAGACAUAAUAGAAACACAGCCAGGUAGUCAAACUGGUUUUUUAGCAGAAGAAGCAGAAGAAUAUGCGAAAAUUAUAGCACAUAUUAUAAAUAUGUAUCCUGAAGAUAAAAAGACUAUCAGAUUAGCUGCAAGAGCAUCUGUUAAUCGAUUUUCUAGUGAAUUAUUUGAAAAUGAAAUUUUACGAGCUAUGGAACCAUUUUUUAGACAAAAAGAGGAAUAAUAUUAACGAUUUACAUUUUUUGUAUAAUAGAAAUAUUAUCCAUCAAAGAUACUAAUAUUUAAGUACUGGCAAUUAAUUUUGCAAAAUUUCAUUUAUAAGAUAAAUUGACAAUGUGUAUAAUACUUGAUCUAUAUGAAUAUUCAAGUAAAAAUUAUUUAAAUAGACUAAAAAAACCUAGUCUAAAAUAUUGCAAUCUAUAUGUAAAGAUAAUUUAAUUCUUAUAAGAAUAAACAAAAUCUAAUUAACUAUAAA